AUGGCCGAGCCCAAGGUUCUGCCGGCGCUCGUGCUGUCUAGGUUCCAGCUCAGCCUGUCGCCCGCCUACGUGCACCUCAGGCUCAGGGUGGAGAGUGGAGACGGAGCACGGCAGUUCGUUCUGGAUAUGAUGGGCAUGAAGCGACUUCUUUGGAGGAUCAUGUCUGCCGUCGUUUCAAUUUUCUGUGUUUUGCUCAUCACUGCCAUACUUUACAUCGUCGCAGAUGGCAGAGCUUAUCUGGAGGCCGAGCUGAACAAACUGGCCAAGACCAUGUUUUUCAGCUUCACCAAUGAUGAUAAGGUCAAAGAGAGUCUGCAUAAGCUCAUCGAGGAGGGAGUUGAUACUACUUUUUACCAUAUCGCCUCGCUUAAGACGUGGUAUAGAUGGUUACGAGGGAUGUGA